AUGGGUCAAGGGUCAUCGGCAGGACUCGUCAGCGACACUGUGAAGGGCGAACAGUACCGUGCACACCACAGUGCGCGCCAGAGGAUUGUACACCGUGCCUUUCACAAGUGUGUUACCCCGUCGAGCACAGCAGAGAGUGACUUUCACCUCAAUGCAGAGGAACAGACGUGUGUAGAGGAGUUCGCACUCUUGUAUGCCGCCUUCGCUAAGAAUGGAUUCGCACAAUUCAGUCAACUUUAUGAACAACAUCAACGUGACAUGUAUGAAAAGGCACGAAUGGAGAUGAUGACACAGCAAGCAAGAAAGGAACUGAAACAUUAG